AUGUCGAUGGUGCUAAUGGCUGCUAGAACUGCCACUUCCAUACUCUGUCUGAACCCGAAACAUUCAGCAUUGGGGUCAAACUCAAAGUCAAAGGCAAACAUAAAGCACUCGGGCUAUCCAACGGUGAGAAUGCAGAGGAAGACGACGACGCGGAUACAACGUCUGAUUGAAGAUGAAGGGAUAGUGUUAAUGCCAGGAUGCUAUGACGCUCUCUCAGCUGCCAUUGUUGAGAAAACCGGAUUCAGUGCGGGUUUUGUUUCGGGUUAUGCUGUCUCCGCUUCUCUCCUCGGCAAACCCGACAUUGGCCUCCUCACGCCACCCGAAAUGUCUGCCACUGCUAGGACGGUGUGUGCGGCGGCUCCCCUCAUACCGAUCAUUGCAGAUGCUGAUACUGGUGGUGGCAAUGUUCUCAAUAUUCAGAGGACUGUCAAGGACUUGAUUGCAGCUGGUGCUGCUGGAUGUUUUCUAGAGGAUCAAGCAUGGCCAAAGAAGUGCGGUAGAAUCUGCAUCACUGUUUUGUUCAUGUUCAAUUUGAUUGUUUUGGAAAUGGAGUGUGGGCAUAUGCAUGGCAAACAGGUUAUACCUGCAGAGGAGCAUGCUGCCAAAAUAGCGUCUGCCAGGGAUGCUAUUGGGGAUUCUGAUUUUUUCCUUGUGGCUAGGAGUGAUGCACGUGCAACAUCAGCAAAAACUGGUCUUUCAGAGGCCAUUUCAAGGGCUAAUUUAUACAUGGAGGCUGGAGCUGAUGCAUGCUUUGUGGAGGCACCAAGGGAUGACGAUGAGCUCAAGGAGAUUGGACGCAGAACAAAAGGCUACAGGGUUUGUAACAUGAUUGAGGGUGGGGUCACACCAUUACACACGCCAGAGGAGCUGAAGGCAAUGGGCUUCCAUUUGAUUGUGCACUCCCUUACCUCCGUCUAUGCCUCUGCCCGUGCUUUGGUUGAUGUUCUGAAAACUCUGAAGGCAAAUGGAACUACUAGGGAUAACCUCCAAAAGUUAGCUACCUUUGAAGAAUUCAACCAAUUGAUCAACUUGGAGUCUUGGUUUGAGCUUGAAGCGCGGUUGUGCCGUGAAAAGGAGCUUGUACAUUUUCCAAAGCUGAAAUCCUCUGUUCCUGAAAGUUCUGAGAACAAUUUAGGCUUCAUGGAAAAGAUAAGAGAAUUUAGGGGCAGUGCAGGUCUAGCCAUGAUCAUUUCUAAGGUUGUACUACUGUGCCUGAUUGUUCUCGCCGGACACGUUCAAGCAGCAACUUAUACAGUCGGAGGGUCUGGUGGCUGGACCUUUAAUGUGGAUAGUUGGCCCAAAGGCAAGAGCUUUAAAGUUGGUGAUACCAUUGUUUUCAAUUAUGAUCGAACAAUCCACAACGUGGUAGCUGUGAACAGUGGAGGGUACACCGGUUGCACGACGCUGGCGGGUGCAAAAGUGCAUAAAUCAGGACAAGAUCAGAUAAAACUAGUGAAGGGACAGAACUUCUUCAUUUGCAAUGUUGCUGGGCACUGUGAGUCUGGGAUGAAGAUUGCUAUUAAUGCUGCUUGA